AUCUUGAAACGGCAUUUUCCUAAUUUCCAUUUGUAAGUGGUCAUAACCAUUCAUUUCAACUUACUUUUCAAAAGAUGUUAUGUGCAUCAUAUAUAAAGGUAAACUGUUAUGUGCAUCAUAUAUAAAGGUGAUCAACUUUAUAUGGGCUCUUUUUUUUUCUCAAAUAAUUAUGGUGUUCGAGUCAAUUUGCAAGUACUUCGAUUAAUUUCACACCAUGCGUGCUACCUCCUACCAAAUCAGGUACCAGGUAACUCUGUUCAUCAAGAUUAGGACAAAUGAAAAUAAAUCACUUAGUAUUUUUAUCUACGCUAUUUGAAUAUGAGUGAUGAGACAUUUGUGUUCUCAAGGCACUUCAUUGGCCUAUAGACCAUUAUUCAUGUUCCAGAAUAAAUUAUUUGUUGUUCUGAUGUAGAAUUAGCUGAUUCCAGAGUAGAGGAAAUAGGAAAGGAGAGGAAAGCAAAAACAUGGUUCUAUGCUUAAUUACGACCAGCUCAACUUUCUAUCUGCAACCUGGACGUUCGAGAUAUCUUCGCAAUUGUGGGAGAUAUCUCAUGAAGCAUGCUGAUAUUACAAGGCAUAAGAUUAUCCCUUCUGCUAGGGUAGAUACAGUUGGUUUGGAGGUUUUUGUAGUUUCAGACUUGCAUACAGAAUACGCGGAGAACAUGGCAUGGGUAAAGGGUUUACCAAAAAAAGGGAGGAAAAAGGAAGUUCUUCUCGUUGCAGGUGAUGUUGCGGAGACUUAUGAGAAGUUUGUGUUAACUAUGUCCCUCUUGAAGGCUAGUUUUGAGCAUGUGUUCUUUGUGCCCGGAAACCACGACCUCUGGCUCCGUAGGGAGAAAGAGAAUUAUAUUGAUUCUCUUCAGAAGCUGGAUAAAAUGCUUGAUGCAUGUCAAAAGCUUGGAGUGGAAACUAAUCCUAGUGUCAUUGAUGGUUUGGCAAUUAUUCCUCUAUUCUCAUGGUACCACAAGAGCUUUGAUAGGGAAAAGGACAUAACUGGCAUCCGCAUUCCAUCUUUGGAGCUGGCAUGUAAGGACUUCCGUGCAUGCAAGUGGCCCGUUGGACUUAUAAAUGGAGAUAACUCCCUUGCUACACAUUUUGAUGCCAUGAAUGACAAAAAUCAGGAUACAGUCCAGGAAAUGCUGGCAAGCUGCAACCAAAUAAUUUCAUUCUCACACUUUAUUCCAAGACUAGAGCUUUGUCCAGAGAAGAGAAUGCUUUUCUAUCCUAACCUUCCAAAGAUGAUUGGUUCUGACUUUCUUGAGGCUCGUAUAAGAUACAUACAUGGAGCAAGAGGGAACACAAACGCUUGUCAUAUUUUUGGUCACACUCAUUUCUGCUGGGAUGUCCUGCUUGAUGGUAUCAGGUAUGUGCAGGCGCCAUUGGCAUAUCCAAGAGAAAGGAAAAGAAGGAUGAACGGAGGAGAAGACUGGCUGCCAUUUUGCAUUUACUCAAAAGGUGAACUCACAGAGAAUAUUUCUCCCUGUUAUUGGUCUGAUUAUUAUGCCUCUAAUCCUAGAACCCCUGAUGUAACUGAACUUGCGCCAUGGGUUGCCAAAUUUUAUGGCAAACUGUAGCAAUCUCUAAAGAACAAAAAUCUUGUUCCAAGGCCUAGCCAAUAUUUGUGUACCUAUUACCAUUUUGUAA